CUACCGGAACCGGACGACCACCACGUGCAGUGGAGUUAUCAAGCAGAGAAACGUCUAACUUAUAUGUCAUUAAUUGUUAUUGUUUUGGUUGAUACAUUUAGUUUCUUAUAAAUUCAGAACAUGGGAAGACCUGGUUUUUCACCGGGUGGUCGAGGAGGUGGUGGAAGGGGUUUUGGAAGAGGUGGAGGUGGAGGAGGUAGACCAAGCUUUGGCACUCGUGGAGGAGGAAGGGGAGGAGGCGGUGGUCGAGGAGGAGGCAGAGGAGGGUUCGGUGGCCGAGGUCGAGGUGGCGGUGGUCGAGGUGGCACACCCAGAAGAAGUUUUGGUGGAGGAAAGAACGCAAUCAUCGAGCCCCAUAGGCAUCCGGGAGUUUUUAUCGCUCGUGGUAAAGAAGAUGCUCUAGUCACGUUAAAUAUGGUUCCUGGAGAAGCUGUUUAUGGCGAGAAAAGGAUAUCAGUAGAAGAAGGCGAUGUGAAGAAGGAGUACAGAGUGUGGAAUCCGUUCCGCUCCAAGUUAGCGGCAGCCAUCCUUGGUGGGAUUGAUCAGAUUCACAUGCCUCCAGGCAGCAAAGUGCUCUACUUGGGUGCUGCGUCCGGCACCACUGUCUCUCAUGUGUCGGACAUUGUUGGACCGGAAGGACUAGUUUAUGCAGUGGAAUUUUCUCACCGAUCAGGACGAGACUUGUUGAAUGUAGCCAAGAAACGAACCAACAUCAUCCCUAUCAUAGAGGAUGCUCGGCACCCACACAAGUAUCGCAUGUUGGUGGGAAUGGUGGACACAAUCUUUGCUGAUGUGGCACAACCUGAUCAGGCGAGAAUAGUCGCCAUCAACGCUCAUAGUUUUCUAAAGAACGAAGGUCACUUUGUGAUUUCAAUCAAGGCCAAUUGCAUUGAUUCAACAGCACAACCUGAAGCAGUAUUUGCCGGGGAGGUGAAAAAACUGCAGUCAGAGAAGUUCAAACCUCAAGAACAGCUGACAUUAGAACCAUACGAGAGAGAUCACGCUGUAGUCGUUGGAAUCUACAGGCCACCUCCCAAGAACGAGUAGAAUAAUCAAUGAAAACUGAACUUCCUUUUAAUUUGUCUUUUCGAACAUCAAAUAAGACAUUUAUUUUUAAAUGUAGAACUGUUUACUAGAACUUUUAGUUUUAUUGAUUCCUGUUAAAUAAUUAAAUGACUUUUUUAUAAA